CCUCGGGCCCCCCAGGACCUCUCCACUGUAAACAAAUCUUGAUAGUAGCUACUGUAUGUAUUGUUGUGUGUGUGGGGUGAUAGUAGGCAGCAGCUCUCUCUCUCUCUCCUCGUACGCUCGCUAUGACCUAGAUAACAGAAAUAAUGAGAAGUGCCAGAGAAAGUUGUGUGAGAAUAAGAGAGAGUGUUACUGAAGAUAAUGGUCUAGACCGAAAUCUUGAAAAGAAUUCUCUUGAUGUUCACAUGCACCAUAUGGCAGCUGCAGUAGAUAUCAAUGGAGAGGGAUUCUUUUCUCAGGAGGCAGUAAUGAUUACAGAAUGCGAUGGAGAAUCGUAUAAUACAGAUGCCACUCUUCACUUCUGUAGACGAAUACUCAGACCUCGUGAUGCUAUCUUUUCCUGCUUAGGGUAUCGUCCAUGGAAUAAGGAUGGUGGUGACCAGUCGUUGUGUGUGAAGGUCUUGAAUGUUGCAUAUUUUAUCCUUUUCUUCCUUUGCCUCUGCAUAGGACCUGUUCUGCAGUACAACAUCUGUCUUAAAAGAGAUCAAGGCUUGGGAAAUGCAGUGCUCCACAUUUCUCAGAAUUUUACUACACAUGGUAAUGGAGACAGUCACUGGUGUUCUGGAAAUUUGGUCUUUCUAUACAUCAUUCCCAGUCUGAUGUUUUUCUUUGCAUUUUUAGUAACAUGCAUUGUCCUGAGGCUGGGUGAAUCAGAACACCUGCAAACAUUAUUAGAAAGGGUCUAUCUACUAGCAUCAUGUUCGCCGUGGGAGUUUGUAAAGCAGCGUCGUCUCUGGUGUAUAUUUGUGGGCUGGCUAGUGGUGGGGAUAAUAUGUCUAAUUUUAUCCCUAACCUCCAUGCUUCUGCAUAUUUUUGCUGCAAAAUCUAUUUCAUAUACCUUCAUUCAUCCCCAGAGUACAACAGAUGCAAUACUCCUGUGCACUGGAGCAGUAGGGUCACUGUGGUUGGAGGAUGUUGUGGUGGUGAUGGGAGUGCUGUUGUACUGUACACAGUGUCACUUACUCUCGAGGCUGCUUGAAAUCAUCAGGACAACCUUAUAUCAGGGCACAACUUCACUGAUGAGCAUCAAGAAGCAAAUUGAUGAAACGUCAAGAUUUCUGCGUCACCUAAACCAAGAAUUAGGCUUAAGUGUUGGACUGUAUCUCUGCCUUGUUGUUUUCAGGGCAAUUACAGCUGCUUCAAGCCUUUUCUCAGCAAUUAGGCAUUAUGAAAUGUCUAAAGCAUCAGAAACACCUACUGCUAAUAGUGCGUACGGAAAUCUUGAUAAACAUUUUGACAUUAAUCAGGAGCUUCAUAUAUCAGCUAUGAUUACCAACCUUCUUCCAUGGCUAAUGCUGACCACAAUGCCCCUUUAUAUGGCAGCACGAGUGUCAAGCAAUUACCGGACACUGAGUAAGGCUGGUUGCCAGUUACAUGGUCGACCCUUCGGCUAUCAGUCUACACCCCAAUUGGACAUCGAUUCUUUCUUAUUAUAUGUUUCCAGUUUACAUUUGCAAGCAAAGAUAUUAUGGAUUCCUGUUCGGACUUAUUUUCUUGUGUCCAUACUAGUUAUUUUAAUUAUGUCUCUAGUUAUUCUGAGUUAUUUGUAUCUAUAGAUGAUCAAUGAUGUGGAGAGUUAACAAAUAGAAAAAUAUUCUACUGUAUAUUUAAAUGGAUUUUAUGAUAUGAUUAGACAUGCUGUUAGUGCCUGGUUUCACCAUGUUCCACCUGGUCAUCGGCAGAAUAUCAUGAAAUCUUGCAUAAACACAUCUCCAUGCAGCUUGAUCUUGAUACAACUCUGGUCGUCCAGAGCUUGAUCAUGGAUGAUCAUCCAUGAUCAUCCAUGAUCAUCCAUGAUCAUUUUACACUUGGACACAUAAUUUGUACAUGUUUCCAUGCUGCUAAAUCUUACAAAUUAUAUUUAGCCGUUUUCUUUAUCAAAAGAUGAACCAUUUGCCAUUAAGUGUUACAGAAGCUCUUUAGGAGACUAUAUGAGUUGGCUUAUCAUAUAAUAUUGGUAGGCUGUUACUUAAUUAUUCAAAUGCAUUUUUUGUUAUAAAAAAAUGCACCUUUAUAUGUCCCUGCAUUGCAUAUGUGAAAGGAAGUAAUAUAUAGCAUAACUGUGCAAUAAUAAGAUUGUAUUUUGUGUCACAAAUAUUUAUCUAGACAGAAGUCACAAAUGAAAGCUUUAAUAUGAAGAGAUUUUAUCGAGUUGAAAAUCUUGCAUGAAUUUGAUGGAAACAACAGUAAACAAAUCUUUGGAAAGUGUGAGAGCAUUGUAAGAGAGUAACAAAAUAAUCUUGUGUAUAUUAUAUGUAUGCACCAGCAUCUCAACUUUUUUGUUGGUACUGUACAUUAGAAAGAAAUGGGGAAAAAAGGUUUGCAUAUGGUAAUGGUGUGCUUUCAUUUGUUUACACUGUUUACAGAGAUACUAUGGAAUAAAAUUCUAAGAUGAAACAUAUGCUGAUAACCUAACCUGUGCUAUACUAAUAUUGUACUCCAUUGAUAAUCUGUGAUAAAUGAAUAAUUACAAAAUGUGAAGUGCUAAAUUUGUGCAAGUUAUAUAUCGUAGCAAUAUUUUCAGCUAUGUUGACCAAACCACACACUAGAAAGUGAAGGGACGAUGAUGUUUCGGUCCGUCCUGGACCAUUCUCAAGUCGAUUGUGAGGAUGGCCCAUGCCGGACCGAAAUGUUAUCGUCCCUUCACUUUCUAGUGUGUGGUUUGGUCAACAUAUUUCAGCCACGUUAUUUUGACUCCUCGUCUGCAUUUUCAGCUAUGCCCUGAUAUUAUUAUUUAUAACAGGAGAUGAUUAGUCUGAAUUAAUGUUAAGAUUAUUUUCAGAAAUAAAACAAUGACUGUGAAGGCAUUUAUGUGGCAGCUGUUCUCACUUGUCUCUUUGUGCAUUUACCGUAUCAAAGGUUAUAUCUCUUGAGUUUAUGCUGUGGAUUUGAAUCCAGUAUGGUAUCCCACAGUAAAAUAUUCCACAAUACAGUAUCCCACAGUAUGGUAGUAUUCGAUAAUACAGUAUCCCAGGCAGUACACAGUAGUUAGCUUUAAAGGUUCAUUCAUCAAUAUUGCUACAAAUUUACAAGCUGCAUUAUGCAGUUAAUUUCUAGCUGGCAGCCUCUCAUUAGUGUAUCAAUAAAAAAAUUUAACUUUGUUAACCAUGCAUUAAUAGAUAUGUAAAUACUUGAAUUUUAGUGGUUGUGGAUCAGUGCAUUGGAGACAUUGUUCUUCAAACCCAUGAACUUAAUACAUGUGCUUCUCUUGACCAAGGGGUGAAUGAUACUGGUUUGCAAAGUCAACGGCAAGCUUCGCGUCCUCAGAUGAUACCUACUAGUUUCCUGAGUAUAUAUUAUAUUCCUUUGAAGGCAAAAAUAGAGCCAAGGGACCAAAGAAUUUGUGUGUGUGUGUGUGAAGACCUAAAUCAUUGCAAGCCUGUGAUAGAGGCAGGCAUGGAGGAAUAUUCGGGAAAAUGUAGAUGGCUCUGGAAUUGUUAUGAAAGGAUGUCUGUUAAAGAUGCGAGAAAUGCACAUUAAUUAACUAAUAAGAUCAAUAUUGAUUUUUAUUUAAUUUUUCCAAGUUAUUCAACAUUUAGAGAGAGUAACUACCUGUAGGCUGUGAAUUUUAUAUUUACCUGAAUUUACCUGAUUAUAUGAAAAAGAUUUAUAUUUAAAAAAAUAAUUAUAUGGUGCUGACUAGUAGCUUCAACUAGUUUUGUUAUUUUUUUUAGUUUAUAUUGGCAAUAAUUAAACUUUUUAUAUAAAUAAAUUUUUAAAAUUCUUAAA